AUGUUAUCAUCCUCCAGUGGAGGCGACAGUAUGAGUCUGCCUUAUGCGCAUUCAGGUGCAAGAGGGACGCCGGUCGUGGAUGAGAUAGGGGACGAUGAUGGACUCUCCCUGGACAUGGACCAAGAAUAUAUGCGAUCACGGAGUCCUGAAGAAAAGCGCGGCGGUGUAGUUUUCGAGGACCUCAAUCUCGGUUUAGAUCUGGGAGAUGAAGAUGAAGAGUACGACAAGAAUGAUCCGAAUGAUCAACGCAGAAGCCGAUAUCUCAUGAGAGCCAAACUUGACGAGAUUGAACGGGAAACUAGACUUUGGCGCACACAGUUUUCUCCGAGACACAUCAAAACGGAUGACUUGGACCAACAUAUUACAAUAACUCAUGCCCGACCGAAGUUACUCUUCGCACUUCAUGCAGGAGGAACUUCGAAAUCAUCAAUUGAUCGUACACGCGACAUUCAGGCAACAUGCCCCAGAAACUCCAUCGAUCGUGCCGAUGCAAGCGACAAGUCGUGGCCUGCUGUCUCCUCCUACUCAUCUAUAGCUAAUAAGCCAUCACAAUCUCCAAGCUCCCAAUCUCAUCGGCCUAUAAAUCUUCCUCCGUCGCCACCUUGGAUUGCUAUCAACGGUGUGUCAACGGGUGCCCCAAAAUCAUUCGCAAACGAGAUCUGGAGCCAUCCAUGUACCCACCACCCUUCGUUUGGAAGGCUACCGGACACGGCGACUGACUCCCCCAUACCGUUGUCUCCUGAUCCUUUUGGGCGGUACCCCUCUUAUCUCGAGUCAGAGGUGCACUCCACCCCGACGUAUUGGGAUCCUGCAACUGGGCAAUUCACCAGUAUUCCUGUUGAAUCCAGACCAUCCUUGUCAUCUGUGGAUGAGGGUUCUGUUACUUCUACAACACCCUCCAGCCGAUUCUCUGCUGACUCGGCGAGUUUUUCGAUGGAUGCGGCUGCUGCAAAAGCCUCCACUCCUCCCAAGCAAGUGUCGGCUCAGCAACCUCCCACGCCAAGUGCUGGACAAACUUCGUUCCAGGGAUCUGCACCACCUGCUCCAUCAUUGCAUGAUCAACUCGGGCCGCCGCCACCGCCGCAAAGAGGAUUACCUCCUAUGCCUGGCACGACUAUGCCACGAACACUCACACGAUCAUCGUCUUCGACAGCUCCUUCGUCAGAGGAGACAAGCGUUCGUAAAUCGAUUCUCAAGACCUGGAAAUCAGUAUCAAGUUCCACAGCGUCUUCUAGUGCUCCUUCAGAACCAAGACGAGAUACUGAAAGACCUGUGUCUAACAAGAUCAUAAAGCCUCGGAGGCCGAGCGUCUUGGAUGCUGGGAUACCUCCAACGCCGAAAUUUGCUGAACAGUAUCUGCCUUUAAACUACGCCCGAACGGGCAGUGGCAUUUUUGAGCGAAGAAAGUCUGUUGGACAAUGUAAAAUGGGAGCUUCAUCGAAUCUUUCGACGUCAUCUCAAGAAGUUGCCCUGCCAUCUAGGACGCACUCCCAGACAGCGGCAUCCUUACAACAGACAUAUUCACCUCUAUCGCCUCCAGGUUCUGUAUCUCCUGCUCGCUCCCUGCAGUCUACCCCUCGCCAUUCCAGAGUAGAUGGCAGUUUUGAAUCGGCAGAAUCAAUUUUCUCUCUUGGCAGGUAG